UGUACCUGUCGACGCGGGAUCGCGUCAAGCCAUGUCAGGUAAUCGCCCUCACAGGAAAGCCAAUCCCCGGACCUGCUUCCCCUCCGGGGAUCAGCACCAAUCAGCAUGCAGCGACGGCUAGGCCUGUCGCCGAGAACUACACCCGGCCCCCAUGCUGCUAAUAAUCGAAACGCACGGGUCGCAAAGGACAAGAUCAAGCACCGUCGUGUCGGCAUGGACCGUAACUUGGGGAGAGCGGGCUCCAGGACACCGGGGGACAAGGACGGCAGUGGCGGCAACAGCAACGACAAGAAUAUCGUGCAGUCUGGCGAUGAGACGGACAUCCCGUCACCGCUGUCCUCGCGAGCUUCUUCUUCGGCGGAGAUGGACCAGGACACCAUCGCCACCACCAGCGCCAACAGCAGCAGCAUCGGGAUGACGAGCUGGACCGUCAGAUCCACGAUGCCCCGCAAAAAUCUCACCGCCUCCCGCAAGAAACGGCCCGUUGCCACCGCGCCCGCGUGCAGACAGCUCGCCGCCGCAACCUCGAAGCAGAUCAGGCAGUCUGCAUGGGCGAUGAAGCCCACCGAGUCCCACCGGCAGGCCGCGGAGCGACGGACGCCUGCGGCAAAGGUGUACCCUAGGGCGAAAGCGGCAGCGGAAGCACCUUCGAAGACGACGUCAAUUGUCAAGUCAACGUCAUCGAGGCCUAAGGGUACCCCUAAGUCGAAGAGGGUGGUCGAAGGAGGCGACGGGGGCAGUGGGAGAAGCCCCGGCAGGAAGCGUGAGACACCCGGGGUCUCCGCCUCCCGCCACAUGGCCUGGGAGCGUCAACUCAGGGCAUCGACGACAGCAGGGGCCAGCAAUCCCGACCGUACGAAGGACGCGGCGGGUCGCCGGGGACGGCAGAAGGCCGACAAGAAUGGCGGUGGCGAGCGGGACGGCCGGCCAUCCCUCGGCACCUGGGAGAAGACCAUCGUCCGACUGGAGAUCUUGAAGAAGAUUACAGGAAAGGGCGAUGAAGAGCUGGAGUGGCUCUGCUCGGCAAAAAAGGGGGACGGGAUCCAGAAGAGCGAGACCCGGAGAGAUUGUGCGGAGACGGACUACCACCGCGUCCUGUUCCAAGAGUCCAUGUUGCAGGCGGGCAUGGAGAUCCUCAAGGACCGCCGGCUGGAGGUGUCCCUCAAGACCCUCGCCAAGAUGGGAGGAGACCUCGAACGCCUGACCAAGCUUCACGAGCAGCUUGCAGAGGAGGAGGCGUCCCUCACGACCGUCAAUGCUGAGGACAAGGUCGACGGGGACGAGGCCACCAUGCACGAGGCAGAGUCAGCGGCGGCGCCGGCGGCAGUGAUGGCCUCGCUGCAACGAGACCGCCUCGGGCUGGCCAGGGUCGAUGCCGAGGCCGAGCUUCGCCGAGUGUUGGAGGGCAUCUCGGGUGCACAGGAGAAGGUCCUCCUUGUGGGACACGGCCUCAAGGAGGAGGUUGCGGGCGGGACGAGGAAGGUCUUCGGGGAGUGCAAGAGCGCGCUGGAGACAGCCAUCGGUAGGCUGCUGCUGCAGGCGUGGCAGCACGUGGCGGACGAGGAGAGGGCAUGGUUCGACCGCGAGGCCGCGGCCAACGAGCAGGCGCUGCGACGCAUGCGCUCGCUGAUGCCGGUGGGCGUGACCGGGCUCACGCUGUCCGAGUUGGAGCAGCGCGCCAUCGACGCGGGCUCUCUUUACCCGAGGGAGCUGUCCGCGAGACUGAAGAUGCCAGUGGGCGUGACCGGUCUGACGCUGUCCCAGCUAAAGCGAGCCAUUGACGCGGGCUCUCUGUACCCGAAGGACUUGUCCCAAUGA